UUUGUCUGAAAACUCAGCUACUCUUCAGUUAGAGUUUAAUGAACUUGUAACAUGGAUCGCUGGAAAGGCAGGGUUGCUCUUGUCACUGGGGCUUCAGUGGGAAUCGGAGCUGCAGUCGCGAAGUCUCUUGUACAGCAGGGCAUGAAGGUGGUCGGAUGUGCCAGAAAUGUGAAGCAAAUUGAGAAUUUGGCAGCAGAGUGUGUCAGUAGUGAAUUCAGCGGGACUCUUUUCCCGUAUAAAUGUGAUCUGUCUGUAGAGGAAGAAGUGUUAUCCAUGUUCUCCUGGAUCAAAGUUCAACAUCAGGGCAUUGACGUGUGCAUUAAUAAUGCUGGUUUGGCUCUCCCAGAGUCUCUAUUGAGUGGCAAAACCAGUGCCUGGAGGUCUAUAAUGGAUGUGAAUGUCAUCGCCCUGUCAGUGUGCACCCGUGAGGCUUACCAGUCUAUGAAAGAAAGAAAAGUUGAUGAUGGCCAUAUCAUCAACAUUAACAGUAUUUGUGGACACCUGGUUAUCAACAAUGCUGAAGCACACUUCUACACUGCCAGCAAAUAUGCUGUGACUGCUCUCACUGAAGGUCUCCGGCAAGAGUUACGCGAGGCUAAAACACACAUACGUGCUACAUGUAUAUCUCCUGGUUUAGUGGAGACAGAAUUUGCCUACCGGCUCUUUAGUGAAACCCCAGAAAAAGCUGUUGCUAUGUACACAAAUAUAAAGUGCCUGGAAGCAGCUGACAUAACCAAUGCAGUUUUGUAUGUCCUAAGUGCUCCUCCUCAUGUUCAAAUUGGUGACAUUGAUAUAAGGCCCGUUGAGCAGACGAUGUAACAUGAACAGAUUAACUUGAUCAAGAAUUUCUGACACCUUGUGGAAAUUAUCAAGUAGUUUUGAUCAUGCUUCUUCACUAACUUUACUUUAGCUGAGCAUUGCAGGGUCACAUUGCAUUAUUGGCUUGAAACCCAAUGCUUUACCUAACUCAACAUCUUAAUGCACUUUUGAAUCAGUAAGAUUGGUUUCAUUUUACAUCGUAAGAAACACAACUGAACAAAUUAUGCAAGAAUUAAUGAUGAUUAAAAACAAAGACAUUUGCAUUCGCUUGUGAAGAUUUGUGCAGUCUUUUAUUAUACAUUAUAUUCACUUUCAUUAUGGAAACAGCAAAGCUUUUUCAAACAUUUACCUCUUUUUUAUGGGUAAAGAAAAUCAUAUGAGUUGGACCAACUCGUAAAUGACAGAUCAGCAUUUUUGAAUUGACAGCACUAUUAUAUCCGUGACUAGACCUUAUUUUCACUUUAAAAUGAAUUGUGAAAAAAUGAAAAUAAAACGAAAGUGUGUGUGAAGAAACUUCCAAA